GCUGAUCCCGAGGAGUCACAGGACCCCUUCGGACCGGUAAGUUCUCCCUUGCCUUUAAUCUACGGCGUCACCCCCGCUGGCCAAGCUGGGUCAUCGCGGUGUCACCUGCCCGCGAGAAUACAGCGGCGGACGUGGCGGGGUGUCCAUUUGCUCCCUAGAGUUGCUGCGAUGCCACUCACGCUGUUAUCUUUCACUGGCAGGACGUCGUCUGCCUCUUUAAGGUUCUCUUCGACUGUUACUGCUCGUCAGCUUAAGGCUUCUUAUCGCAGCGCUAUCUCUCCUGCGACUACUCGAUUGUCAAGGCUGCUUAGUACGAUGACACAGAGAAAGGUUAUGAUAUGUGGUGAUCUCGCAUGGGCGCACGAGGAGUGCAAGCAGCUCUUCGACGGGCUUGCAGAGGUUGUGCGCAUGGACUCGCAGACACGCGACGACUUCCUCGCGGGCCUCAAGCCCGGCGGCAAGUACGCAGACACGGUCGGCAUCUACAGGCACAACACCUCCGCGGACCGCAUCGGCGUGUUCGACAAGCCCGUCGUCGCCGCGCUCUCUGAAGCCGGCGUCAAGUGGGUCGCACACAACGGCGCAGGCUACGAUCAGAUCGACGUGCUGGAGUGCAGGGCCAAGGGCAUAACCGUCUCCAACACCCCCGGCGCCGUCGACGACGCAACCGCAACGACCGCGCUCUUCCUCCUCGUCUCCUGCCUGCGCCACUUCUCACACGCCGAACGCGCCCUGCGCGCAGGCCAGUGGAAAAACCCCCUAUCCGCAGGCAAAACGCACGACCUCACCGGACGCACGCUCGGCAUCCUCGGGCUCGGCGGCAUCGGCCUGCGCCUCGCGCACCUCGUCCGCGCAUUUCCGAUGGAGAUCGUGUACCACUCGCGCCGGCCGAAUCCGGACGCGCCGAGCUGGUGCCGGUACGUCGAGAAGCUGGACGACUUCUGGGGUGCGUGCGACGUGUUGAGUGUGCAUGUGCCGCUGCGGCCGGAGACGGUGCAUCUGGUCGGGGAGAAGGAGAUCAGGAAGAUGCGCAAGGGGAGUAUCAUUAUCAAUACGGCGCGAGGGAAGGUGAUUGAUGAGGAGGCGAUGAUUCGUGCGCUCGAGGAUGGACACCUGUCGUCGGUCGGCCUUGACGUGUACCCCGACGAGCCCAAUGUGAACCCGCGGCUGCUCGAGUUCCCGCAGAACGCGCUCCUUCCGCACAUGGGCACGGAGAACCAGGAUUCGCAGCGUAAGAUGGAGGUCCGCGCACUCACCAACGUACGCGACUUCCUCGUCCAGGGCGCGGGUAAGGACGUGGUUCCGGAGAUGGUCAGCAAGCUCUAGAUGAAUAUUCGUUGGCGAUCUAGAUAGAAUGGAGAUGAAAAGGAACGAAAUGGAUUGCAUCGUGUACUAUAGGAACAAUAUAACCAAGAUCUACCAAUUCCCGUAGACAGGGCGAUUAUACU